ACCUCCCUCCCUCCCGGGCCGAAGAAGCGGCCCCCAGCCCGCCUCAAGAGUUUAAUAACGGCGGGGGGAGCACGGAGCGAGCCCGGGGGGCUCGGCCGAGGCUGCCCGGAGCAGCGGGGCAGCAAGCGGCGCGGCGCGGCUCCCCCCUCGCGGGAGGCGGGCGCGGCUCGGCGCUUCCCGCCCUGCCCAGGCUACGCGAGGCGCCGCAACCGCCGCCGCCAUUUUAGCCCGGCGGCCCCGGCUGCCGGCCCGGCCCCUUCCUCCUCCUCCUCCUCCUCCUCCUCCUCGGCCCGGGGGGAGGAAGGCGGGGCGAGAGGGACGGGAGGAGGGACCCGGCCGCCUUCGCCCGCUGCCUGGUCGGAAACUGCCGAGCUGAGCCCGAGCGCCCCGUCCUCCUCCUCCUCCUCCUCCCCCCCCCUUCGCCGCCGUCCCCUCCUCCUCCUUCCCCCUCAGCAAAAUGGCGGCGCGUGGAGCCACUGGGAGCCAGUGAGUGACUCGGCUUCUCCUCCCCGCCGCCGCCGCCGCCGCCACAGGCUCAUUUGCAUUGAUCAGCCGCCCCAUCCCCCCCUCCCCGAUCCCACAGCGGCCCCGGCCUCUCCCCCCUCUCCCUGCCCGGCCCUGCCCUGCCCUGCCCUUCCCUUCCCGCCCCCUCCCUCCCCUCCCCCCGGCUGACCCCCGCCCCGGCCCCCAUCAAUCAUCAAUCAGCAGCACCGAGCGGAUCAAUCAAUGGUCGGGAGGAGGCGGCGGCGGCGGCUGCUGCUGUUAAUGAACAAUGUGUGAGAGCUGCGCCGAGCUGCUGGAGGUGUUAAAUGAGAUAUCUGACAUUGAAGGUGCUGAUGGGUUGCAGCUCAGAAAGGAACAUGCGCUCAAGAUAUUUGCUUACAUCAAUUCCUGGACACAAAGACAAUGUCUGUGCUGUUUCAAGGAGUAUAAACAUUUGGAGAUCUUUAACCAAGUAGUAUGUGCGCUUAUUAACUUAGUGAUUGCCCAAGUUCAAGCUCUGCGGGACCAGCUCUGUAAACAUUGCACUAUUAAUAUAGAUUCAACAUGGCAAGAUCAGAGUAAUCAUGCUGAUGAGCCCUUGAAUGUAGAAAGAGAGUCUCAUGAAGAAGAAAAUGGAGAACGGCAAAAAUCUAUAGAGAAAAAAAUAGAUUCUGCAAGAACUUGUGUCCUGACAGAGGAGGAGUCUGCAAAGAACACUGAUGCUUUUAGCUUAUGGAGCACUGAUGAGAAGGAAAAGUUGUUGCUGUGUGUGGCAAAAAUCUUUCAGAUUCAGUUUCCUCUGUACACUGCUUAUAAGCAUAAUACUCAUCCCACAAUAGAGGAAGGCAAAAAGGGGACUGUAGCGAAGCCUUUCUUCCAGAAGGAUAUUUCUGCUCAAGAAAGCAAUAUACUAGGGGCAUUCUGUGACAUGAAUGAUGUAGAAGUACCAUUGCACUUGCUUCGCUAUGUUUGUCUAUUUUGUGGAAAAAAUGGCCUUUCCCUCAUGAAGGAUUGUUUUGAAUACGGAACCCCUGAGACACUGCCAUUUCUUAUAGCACAUGCAUUUAUCACAGUGGUAUCGAAUAUCAGAAUAUGGCUACACAUCCCUGCUGUCAUGCAGCACAUUAUACCCUUUAGGACUUACGUUAUCAGGUAUUUAUGUAAACUGUCAGACCAGGAGUUGAGACAAAGCGCAGCCCGGAACAUGGCAGAUUUAAUGUGGAGCACAGUUAAAGAACCAUUGGAUACAGCCUUGUGUUUUGAUAAAGAAAGUCUUGAUCUUGCAUUUAAAUACUUUAUGUCUCCAACUCUAACAAUGCGAUUGGCUGGGCUGAGUCAAAUAACAAAUCAACUUCAUACCUUCAAUGAUGUGUGUAAUAAUGAGUCAUUAGUUUCAGACACAGAAACAUCAAUUGCAAAAGAGCUUGCAGACUGGCUUAUCAGCAACAAUGUAGUUGAGCACAUUUUUGGACCAAAUUUACAUAUUGAGAUCAUCAAACAGUGCCAAGUGAUUCUGAAUUUUCUUGCAGCUGAAGGGAGACUCAGUACUCAACAUAUAGACUGUAUUUGGGCUGCAGCACAGCUGAAGCAUUGCAGUCGUUACAUCCACGAUUUAUUUCCUUCCUUGAUCAAAAACUUGGACCCUGUCCCACUUAGGCAUCUUCUUAACCUCGUUUCAACUCUUCAUCCAAGUGCUCACACGGAACAGACAUUAUAUUUGGCAUCAAUGCUUAUAAAAGCACUGUGGAAUAAUGCACUAGCAGCUAAGGCUCAGCUGUCAAAACAAAGCUCUUUUGCAUCUUUACUCAGUACUAAUCUACCAAUGGGAAACAAAAAAGAAGAAGAAGAGCUCAGAAGAGCAGCCCCUUCACCUUGGUCACCAGCAGCUAGCCCUCAGAGUAGUGACAACAGUGACACCCAUCAGAGUGGAGGCAGUGAUAUUGAAAUGGAAGAACAGCUUAUUAACAGAACAAAACAUGUACAGCAGCGACUUUCAGAUACGGAGGAGUCCAUGCAAGGAAGCUCUGAUGAGACAGCAAACAGCGGUGAAGAUGGCAGUAGUGGUCCUGGUAGUAGCAGUGGCCACAGUGAUGGAUCCAGUAAUGAGGCCAACUCUAGUCAUGCAAGCCAGUCUGCUGGAAGUCCUGGCAGUGAAGUGCAAUCUGAAGACAUUGCAGAUAUUGAAGCCCUCAAAGAAGAGGAGGAUGAAGAGGAAGAGGAUAGGAGUCAUAAUCCCCAAAAAAGCAGUAGGAGCACAGAUCUACGGAGCAGGAAACUGGAAUCUCAAACAGGCAUUUGUCUGGGAGAUUCACAAGGGGCAUCAGAGAGGAGCGGUGCAAAUAAUGGGGCAGGAAAGGACCAUGUUUUUAAUACUGACUCUGUGACACCAGUGGAUAAUCGAAUUAGAAUGCUAGAUGCCUGUUCCCAUGCUGAGGAUGCAGAGCAUGACAUGGCAGGGGAAAUGAGCACUGCUCACAUUUCACAAGGGUCUCAAGAUUCUUGUAUAACUCAUACAGGGGACUUUCUGGGGGAAACUAUUGGAAAUGAAUUAUUUAACUGUCGGCAAUUCAUUGGUCCACAGCAUCACCACCACCACCACCACCACCACCAUCACCAUGAUGGACAUAUGGUUGAUGACAUGUUAAGUGCAGAUGAUGUCAGUUGCAGUAGUUCUCAAGUCAGUGCAAAAUCAGAGAAAAAUAUGGCAGAUUUUGAUGGGGAAGAGUCUGGCUGUGAAGAAGAGCUUGUACAGAUUAAUUCACAUGCUGAGCUAACAUCCCAUCUCCAGCAGCAUCUUCCUAACCUCGCCUCUAUCUAUCAUGAACAUCUUACUCAAGGACCAGCAGUUCAUAAACAUCAAUAUAAUAGCAAUGCGGUGACGGACAUUAAUUUGGAUAAUGUUUGUAAGAAAGGAAAUACCCUUUUGUGGGAUCUGGUCCAGGAUGAAGAUGCAAUUCAUCUCUCUGAAGGGUUAAUAAAUGAAGCAGAGAAGCUGCUCUGUUCUUUAGUAUGCUGGUUCACUGACAGACAGAUUCGAAUGAGAUUUAUUGAAGGCUGCUUAGAAAAUUUAGCAAACAACAGAUCAGUAGUAGUUUCACUUCGUCUUCUUCCAAAGUUAUUUGGUACGUUUCAACAGUUUGGGAGCAGUUAUGAUACACAUUGGAUAACAAUGUGGGCAGAAAAGGAACUUAACAUGAUGAAACUUUUCUUUGAUAAUUUGGUACACUACAUCCAGGCAGUCAGGGAAGGACGACACAAACAUACGUUAUACAGUCACAGUGCAGAAGUUCAGGUUCGUCUUCAAUUCCUGACAUGCGUGUUUUCAACUCUAGGAUCACCAGAUCAUUUCAGGUUGAGUUUAGAACAAGUGGACAUAUUGUGGCACUGCUUAGUAGAAGAUUCUGAAUGUUAUGAUGAUGCACUACACUGGUUCUUGAAUCAAGUACGAAGUAAAGAUCAGCAUGCUAUGGGUAUGGAGACUUACAAGCAUCUUUUCUUGGAAAAGAUGCCACAGCUAAAACCUGAAACUAUUAGUAUGACUGGCCUCAACCUCUUCCAACAUCUGUGCAAUUUGGCUCGGCUGGCAACUAGUGCAUAUGAUGGUGGCUCAAACUCAGAGUUGUGUGGCAUGGACCAAUUCUGGGGUAUUGCUUUAAGAGCACAGUCCGGUGAUGUCAGUCGAGCAGCUAUCCAGUAUAUCAACUCUUAUUAUAUCAAUGGUAAAACUGGUCUUGAAAAAGAACAGGAGUUUAUUAGCAAGUGUAUGGAGAGCCUGAUGAUAGCUUCUAGUAAUCUUGAGCAAGAUUCUCACUCAAGUCUGACAAUUAUUGAAAGAGGACUCUUAAUGCUAAAGACACACCUGGAAGCUUUUAGGAGAAGGUUUGCAUAUCAUCUGAGACAGUGGCAGAUUGAAGGUACUGGUAUCAGCAGUCACUUGAAAGCCCUGAGUGACAAACAGUCACUACCAUUAAGAAUUGUAUGUCAGCCAGCAGGACUUCCUGACAAGAUGACUAUAGAAAUGUAUCCCAGUGAUCAGGUGGCAGAUCUACGAGCAGAAGUCACCCAUUGGUAUGAAAAUUUGCAGAAGGAGCAGAUAAAUCAACAAGCACAGCUUCAGGAGUUUGGCCAAAGCAGCCGCAAAGGGGAUUUCCCUGGUGGCCUUAUGGGACCUGUGAGAAUGAUUUCAUCUGGGCACGAACUGACAACUGAUUAUGAUGAAAAAACCCUUCACGAAUUGGGUUUCAAGGAUAUGCAGAUGGUGUUUGUAUCCUUGGGAGCACCAAGGAGAGAACGUAAAGGUGAAGGCGUUCAGCUUCCAGCAUCUUGCCUACCUCCUCCUCAAAAGGACAACAUUCCAAUGCUUUUACUAUUGCAAGAACCUCAUCUUACCACCCUUUUUGAUUUGUUAGAGAUGCUUGCCUCUUUUAAACCUCCUUCUGGAGAAGUGGCUAUGGAGGAUAGUGAGAGUGCAAGAUGUGAAGAACUCCAUCUCCAUGCAGAAAACUUAUCCAGACGUGUUUGGGAACUGUUAAUGCUUCUACCAACGUGCCCUAAUAUGUUACAGGCAUUCCAAAAUAUUUCAGAUGAGCAGGGUAAUGAUGGCUUUAGCUGGAAGGAUCUUCUGCGAAUAAAAAGUGCCCAUAAACUUUUGUACGCCCUGGAAAUUAUUGAAGCUCUGGGAAAGCCCAACAGAAGAAUAAGACGUGAAUCUACGGGAAGUUACAGUGAUCUUUACCCAGACUCAGAUGAUUCAAGUGAAGAUCAAAUAGAAAAUAGUAAAAACACAUGGAGCUGCAAGUUUGUUGCUGCUGGAGGGCUCCAACAAUUACUCGAAAUUUUUAAUUCUGGAAUCUUAGAGCCUAAAGAACAGGAAUCAUGGACUGUGUGGCAGCUGGACUGCCUUGCUUGCUUGCUGAAGCUGAUAUGCCAGUUUGCAGUUGAUCCUUCAGAUCUGGAUUUAGCUUACCACGAUGUGUUUGCCUGGUCUGGUGUAGCAGAGAGUCACAGAAAAAGAACGUGGCCAGGCAAAUCAAGGAAGACUGCAAGUGACCAUGUGAAGGGCCUUCAUAUACCUCGUUUAACAGAGGUGUUUCUUGUACUUGUCCAGGGAACCAGUUUGAUUCAGCGACUUAUGUCAGUUGCUUAUACAUAUGACAACUUGGCACCUAGGGUGUUGAAAGCUCAGUCAGAUCACAGAUCAAGACACGAAGUUACUCAUUAUUCAAUGUGGCUCUUGGUGAGUUGGGCUCACUGCUGUUCCUCGGUGAAAUCCAGUCUGGCAGACAGUGAUCAUUUGCAAGACUGGCUAAAGAAGCUUACCCUUCUUAUUCCAGAGACUGCCGUUCGCCAUGAGUCAUGCAAUGGUUUAUACAAGUUAUCUCUCUCUGGUCUCGAUGGGGGGGACUCAAUUAAUCGGUCCUUUCUGCUGCUGGCUGCAUCAACAUUACUAAAAUUUCUUCCUGAUGCUCAAGCUCUGAAACCUAUCCGGGUGGAGGAUUAUGAAGAAGAACCAGUGCUACGACCAGGUUGUAAGGAAUAUUUUUGGUUGCUGUGCAAACUGAUUGAUAACAUACAUGUCAAAGAUGCAAGUCAGACCACACUCCUUGAUUUAGAUGCACUAGCAAGACAUCUUGCUGACUGCAUUCGGAGCAGAGAAAUCCUUGACCAUCAAGACGGUAAUAUAGAAGAUGACGGACUUACAGGACUGCUUCGCCUUGCAACAAGUGUUAUUAAGCACAAACCACCUUUUAAAUUUUCUCGUGAAGGGCAGGAGUUUCUGAGAGACAUCUUCAAUCUUCUGUUCUUGCUGCCAAGUUUAAAAGAUAGACAGCAGCCAAAAUGCAAGUCACAUUCUUCAAGGGCUGCAGCAUAUGACUUGUUGGUAGAAAUGGUGAAAGGGUCCGUGGAAAACUACAGGCUGCUCCACAACUGGGUUAUGGCACAACAUAUGCAGUCUUCCCAUGCACCUUACAAGUGGGAUUAUUGGCCCCAUGAUGAUGUUCGAGCUGAAUGUAGGUUUGUGGGUCUGACUAAUCUUGGAGCAACGUGUUACUUGGCAUCCACUAUUCAGCAGCUCUAUAUGAUACCAGAGGCCAGACAAGCAAUCUUUACUGCAAAGUAUUCAGAAGAUAUGAAACACAAGACCACUCUACUAGAACUCCAGAAAAUGUUUACAUACUUAAUGGAAAGUGAAUGUAAGGCAUACAAUCCAAGGCCUUUCUGUAAAACCUAUACCAUGGAUAAGCAGCCAUUGAACACCGGAGAGCAGAAAGAUAUGACUGAAUUCUUCACUGACCUGAUAACAAAAAUAGAAGAAAUGUCUCCUGAACUGAAAAAUACAGUGAAAAGUUUGUUCGGAGGUGUUAUUACAAACAAUGUUGUUUCUUUGGACUGUGAGCAUGUAAGUCAGACUGCUGAAGAGUUCUAUACAGUAAGGUGCCAGGUGGCAGAUAUGAAGAAUAUUUAUGAAUCUCUUGAUGAAGUAACUAUUAAAGAUACCUUGGAAGGUGAUAACAUGUAUACAUGUUCACAUUGUGGGAAGAAAGUGCGGGCUGAAAAAAGGGCAUGUUUUAAGAAACUACCUCGUAUCUUAAGCUUCAACACAAUGAGAUAUACUUUCAAUAUGGUAACAAUGAUGAAGGAGAAGGUCAAUACUCAUUUUUCAUUCCCUCUGCGUUUGGAUAUGACACCUUACACUGAAGAUUUCCUCAUGGGAAAAAAUGACAGAAAAGAAGGUUUUAAGGAAGAUGGUGAAUAUUUGAAAGAAACCGAGAGUUACGAGUAUGAUCUGAUAGGUGUAACGGUUCAUACAGGAACUGCAGAUGGUGGACAUUACUAUAGCUUUAUCAGAGAUAUAGUCAAUCCCCAUGCUUACAAAAACAACAAAUGGUAUCUUUUCAAUGAUGCUGAAGUUAAACCAUUUGAUUCUGCCCAGCUUGCCUCAGAAUGUUUUGGUGGAGAAAUGACUACAAAAACAUAUGAUUCCGUUACUGAUAAAUUUAUGGACUUCUCCUUUGAAAAGACACACAGUGCUUACAUGCUGUUUUAUAAACGGAUGGAACCAGAGGAGGAAAAUGGCAAAGACUACAAAUUUGAUGUUUCAUCAGAAUUGCUGGAGUGGAUAUGGCAUGAUAACAUGCAGUUUCUUCAAGACAAGAACAUUUUUGAACAUACGUAUUUUGGGUUUAUGUGGCAGUUGUGUAGUAGCAUCCCAAGCACACUACCAGAUCCAAAAGCAGUUUCCCUGAUGACAGCAAAGUUAAGCACUUCCUUUGUGCUAGAGACAUUUAUUCAUUCAAAGGAAAAGCCUACAAUGCUUCAGUGGAUUGAACUGUUAACAAAACAGUUUAAUAACAGUCAGGCAGCUUGUGAAGUAAGUGACUUAGGAACUCAGCAAAGUACAAACCAACUUUCUAUAUAUUGUUUAACUUUCCUGGAGUGGUUUUUGGAUCGUAUGGCUGAUGAUGAUUGGUGGCCAAUGCAGAUUCUAAUAAAGUGUCCCAAUCAGAUUGUGAGACAGAUGUUCCAGCGCUUGUGUAUUCAUGUGAUACAGAGACUGAGGCCAGUGCAUGCACAUCUUUAUCUCCAGCCAGGAAUGGAAGACUGUUCGGAUGACAUGGAUGGUCCCGUGGAAGACAUCGGCAGUCGCUCUUGUGUAACACGUUUUGUGAAGACUCUCUUGUCAAUUAUGGAGCACGGUGUUAAGCCUCACAGUAAACAUCUCACUGAAUACUUUGCCUUUCUUUAUGAAUUUGCCAAAAUGGGAGAAGAGGAAAGCCAGUUCUUGCUCUCAUUGCAAGCCAUAUCAACAAUGGUCCAUUUCUACAUGGGAACUAAAGGACCUGAAAAUCCACAGGUUGAAGUACUUUCUGAGGAAGAAGGGGAGGAAGAGGAGGAAGAGGAAGAUAUACUUUCUUUAGCAGAAGAAAAAUACAGGCCUGCUGCACUUGAAAAGAUGAUUGCCCUGAUUGCUCUUCUAGUGGAACAAUCUCGCUCAGAAAGACAUUUGACUUUAUCACAGAAUGACAUGGCAGCAUUAACAGGAGGAAAGGGUUUUCCUUUUUUGUUUCAACAUAUCCGUGAUGGAAUCAACAUCAGGCAAACUUGCAAUCUCAUUUUCAGUUUGUGUCGGUACAAUAAUCGACUCGCAGAACAUAUUGUGUCCAUGCUUUUCACAUCUAUAGCAAAGUUGACUCCUGAGGCAGCCAAUCCUUUUUUCAAAUUGCUGACUAUGCUAAUGGAAUUUGCUGGUGGACCCCCAGGAAUGCCCCCCUUUGCUUCUUACAUUCUGCAGAGGAUAUGGGAGGUCAUUGAAUACAACCCAUCUCAGUGUCUGGAUUGGCUGGCUGUGCAAACACCUCGAAAUAAACUCGCUCACAGCUGGGUGCUGCAAAACAUGGAAAACUGGGUUGAACGUUUUCUUCUGGCACAUAACUAUCCUAGAGUGAGAACUUCUGCAGCCUAUCUCUUGGUGUCGCUUAUUCCAAGCAAUUCCUUCCGUCAGAUGUUCCGAUCAACCCGUUCUUUGCACAUCCCUACACGCGAUCUGCCUCUCAGCCCCGAUACCACCGUAGUUCUGCAUCAAGUCUACAACGUGCUUCUUGGCCUUCUUUCAAGAGCUAAACUAUAUGUCGAUGCUGCUGUUCAUGGCACUACAAAACUUGUGCCCUACUUCAGUUUCAUGACAUACUGUUUGAUCUCAAAAACUGAGAAACUCAUGUUUUCUACCUACUUCAUGGACUUAUGGAACCUUUUCCAGCCUAAACUUUCUGAGCCAGCUAUAGCCACCAACCACAACAAACAGGCUUUGCUGUCGUUUUGGUACAACGUCUGUGUCGACUGUCCAGAGAAUGUACGCCUUAUUGUACAGAAUCCUGUGGUGACGAAGAACAUUGCCUUCAAUUACAUCCUCGCAGACCACGACGAUCAAGACGUGGUGCUCUUUAACCGUGGGAUGCUGCCUGCCUACUACGGCAUCUUGCGCCUCUGCUGUGAGCAGUCUCCUGCAUUCACGAGGCAGUUGGCUUCUCACCAGAAUAUCCAGUGGGCCUUUAAGAAUCUUACACCACAUGCCAGCCAGUACCCAGGAGCAGUAGAAGAGCUGUUUAACCUCAUGCAACUGUUUGUAGCUCAGAGACCAGACAUGAGAGAAGAAGAGAUAGAAGACAUAAAGCAAUUUAAGAAAACAACCAUAAGCUGUUACCUGCGCUGCUUGGAUGGACGAUCUUGUUGGACAACUUUAAUAAGUGCCUUCAGAAUAUUAUUAGAAUCAGAUGAAGACAGACUUCUUGUUGUGUUUAACAGAGGAUUGAUUCUGAUGACUGAGUCCUUUAACACGUUGCACAUGAUGUACCACGAGGCUACAGCUUGCCACGUGACUGGAGACCUGGUAGAACUUCUGUCUAUAUUCCUUUCAGUUCUUAAAUCAACACGUCCAUAUCUUCAAAGAAAAGAUGUGAAGCAAGCUCUCAUUCAGUGGCAGGAGCGAAUUGAAUUUGCCCAUAAGCUUUUAACUUUGCUAAAUUCCUAUAGUCCUCCAGAACUUAGAAAUGCUUGUAUUGAUGUCCUCAAGGAGCUUGUACUUUUAAGUCCUCAUGAUUUCCUACAUACUCUGGUUCCAUUUCUACAGCACAAUCAUUGUACAUACCACCACAGUAAUAUCCCAAUGUCUCUAGGACCUUAUUUUCCAUGUCGUGAAAAUUUGAAAUUAAUAGGGGGAAAAAGCAAUAUUCGUCCUCCACGUCCUGAACUUAAUAUGUGCCUCUUGCCUACAAUGGUGGAAGCCAGCAAGGUACAGUGGUCGCAAGGACACACUGGGUGCAGGCACAGCCCCAGUGGACACUGCUAUUCAGAAAGAAUCCAAUCUCCUGCACAUGGGGCCUAUGUGCACAUAGAUGGGAAUCUGUGUGGGCAACACAUUUCGAAGAAGCACGGUUACUGUAGGGGCAAAGAUGAUGUUUAUGAUCGUAUGCUGCUAGACUACUUCUUUUCUUAUCAUCAGUUCAUUCAUCUACUAUGCCGAGUUGCAAUCAACUGUGAAAAAUUUACUGAAACAUUAGUUAAAAUGAGUGUCCUAGUUGCAUAUGAAGGUUUACCACUUCAUCUUGCAUUAUUCCCCAAACUUUGGACUGAGCUUUGUCAGACUCAGUCUGCAAUGUCAAAGAACUGUGUAAAGCUCCUCUGUGAAGAUCCGGUUUUUGCAGAAUAUAUAAAAUGCAUUCUAAUGGAUGAAAGGACCUUUCUUAACAACAACAUUGUAUACACCUUUCUGACCCAUUUUCUUCUAAAGGUUCAGGGGCAGGUGUUUUCUGAAGCAAACUGUGCCAACUUAAUCAAUACUCUAAUUACAAAUCUAAUAAACCAGUAUCAAAGCCUAGAAUCUGACUUCAGCAACCAGAGACUUGAAAUCUCCAAAGCAAGCUCUACUUUAAAUGGGGACCUCCGAGCACUUGCCUUGCUGCUUUCAGUGCACACUCCCAAACAGCUCAAUUCAGCCCUGAUUCCAACUCUACAAGAGCUUUUAAACAAAUGUAGAGCGUGUCAACAACAAAGGAACUCACUACAAGAGCAAGAAGCCAAAGAAAGAAAAACUAAAGACGAUGAAGGAGCUACUCCUGUAAAAAGAAGACGGGUCAGCAGUGAUGAGGAGCACACUGUAGAUAGCUGUAUCAGUGAUAUAAAAACUGAACCCCAGGAGGCACUGACCCCAACAAGCACUUCAGAUAACGAGACGCGGGACUCUUCGAUCAUUGAUCCGGGCACUGAACAAGAUCCUCCUUCCCCUGAAAACAGUUCUGUCAAAGAGUACAGAAUGGAAGUUCCAUCUUCGUUUUCAGAAGACAUAAUGCUAGCAACGAGGUCGCAACACACAGAAGAGCAGUCAGGAAAUGGUAAAUUUGAAGAAUGCAAAGAAUUUAAAGACCUGCAGACUUCCAAGGAUUCCAUUGUAGCUGAGGAGGACUCGGAGUUUCCUUCCACAUCGAUUUCAGCGGUUUUAUCUGACCUUGCAGAUUUGAGAAGCUGUGAUGGUCAAGCCUUACCAUCCCAGGACCCUGAAACUAGUUUAUCAAUCAGUUGUGGCCAUUCCAGAGGACUUUUUAGUCAUAUGCAGCAGCAUGACAUUUUAGACAUCCUGUGUAGGACCAUUGAGUCUACGAUUCAUGUGGUCACAAGGAUAUCUGGAAAAGGAAACCAAGCUGCUUCUUGACAUUAGAUGGAGCAUGUCUGCUUUUAAGUCUUUUUUUUUCCCCAAAAAAUGCUGUUUGUAUAAGUUUUGCUUAUUUCUGUUUUGUGCUUCAGUUUGUCCAGUGCUCUCUGCUUGAAUGGCAAGAUAGAUUUAUAUGCUUAAUUCUUGGUCAGGCAGAACUCCAGAUUUUUAUUUUAUUUUAUUUUUUUGCAUCUACCGUACACUUUCUUAAAGGGCAAUCAGAUAAUGGAUAUGUUUUAUGUAAUUAAGAGUUCACUGUAGUGGCUUUCAUUUAAUAUGGCUGUCUGGGAGAACAGGGCCUCCUUGCCCUGUAUGAUGUAAUUUAAACUUAUGGCAUUUUUACUGUGUAUAAUAUGGUGUCCUCUGUGCCAGUUUUGUACCUUAUAAUAGAGGCAGAUUGCCUCAGAUCGCUGUGGUUCUUAUUAUCAAAAUUAAGUUUACUUGUAUACUAAACAACCACAAGAAAUUUGAUUCUGUAAAGAAUCCUCUUUAGCUGUGGCCUGGCAGUAUAUAUAUGGUGCUUUAUUUAACAGAAUACCUGUGGAGGAAAUAAAGCACACUUGAUGUAAAAUUAAUUGUUUUAUUUUUAUUGACAUGAUCAAUUGCUAUUCUGUGCACUUCAUUAAACUGAUUGUGAUGACUUUU